AUGGCUAAAUCUCUGACCCAAAAAUAUAGUAAUCCAAAUUCAUUGUUUGUUAGUUCAAUUGGAUUUUAUGGAGGAUUAGUGUUAUUGUGGAAAGAUAGAUUUACAUGUGAUAUUGCUUGUAGGGAUAAUAUGAUUCAUUUAAUCAUUUCAUCUAAUGCUUCUAAGCAAGAGUGGCUUCUCUCAUGUGUCUAUGGCUCAACUCAUUAUGAGAUGAAAAAACAGCAAUUGGAUUUCCUUAAGGAUCUCGGUGAUAAUGUUUUUCAAUCGUGGGUUGUUAUAGGGGAUCUUAAUGUUCAUUUGUCUAGAUUGGAUACCUCUACAAGUAGAAACUCUCUGGAUAUUAUUAGUGUUGGGUUAAUGGAUAUGGGUUAUUCGGGUAUUCAUCAUACUUGGUCUAAUAGGAAUAAUGGCAAAGGUUACAAACGAGCUAGAAUAGAUAUGGCCCUCCAGAACUCUAAUUGGAUUAGAGAUUAUCCUGACUCUAAGGUUAUUCAUCUUCCUUUCUUGGGCUCAGAUCAUUGUCCAUUGCUUCUCAUUACAGAGUCAAAUGUUAUCAAGCCUGGAAAUGUGUGGAAAUUCUAUAAAUGUUGGCUUAGAGAUCCAAAUUGCUCAGAACUCAUUUCAGAUACUUGGGAUUCUUCUUUAGGGAAUGAAAAUAUUACACAAAAUCUUUCCAAAUCUAGAAGAAACCUUUCUAAAUGGAAUAGGGAACAUUUUGGUAGAAUAAAUUUUCAUUUAAGACAACUUCAACAAAAUUUAUCUGAUCUCCAAGCAUAG